AUUUCAAAGCGCAGAGGGGCUCCAGAAGCUGUAGUGAUUUUUGUACAUUUUUUUUUUUUAAUUUUCUAAUAUAUUUUAUUUUUAUUAGCAAGUAGGAAAAAUAUAUUACUCUUUGAAUCUACCUCGCCUGCACCAUCAACUGAAAUGGAUGCAGACACAGAAGAGAGCAUUACAGAAACUUCAAAGACUUCCAAGGAUGAAUCUGAGAGACCUGUAACCGAAAACAAAUCCAGGGGUCGUGGGUUCAAAGGCCGUGGUCGAGGGGGUCGGAUGGGUCGUGGUGGCAUGCGCGGUGGGCGAGGCAUGAUGAAGGGGUUUGGUCCCCCAGGACAUGGGAGGGGUCGAGUGAAGGAUGGAGCCAUGAAUGGACUUGCACCCAUGAGGGGAAUGGGAAGGAUGCGACCCUACCCAGACCUUAGAGGUCAUCAAGGUAGGGGUGGACCAAUGGGUAUGGGCCCUCCACAUCCUCCUCCUCCCCCACCGCCUCCCAUGCACCUGAGAGGCCCCUUCCCACCCAUGCCCAGACAUGGACCCCCUCCACCUCCUCCUCCGGGUCAUCCUGGGUUCAGAGGGCGCCCACCUCACCCUCGAGGCCGUGGCAUGCCGCCUCCUGGACCACCACGCCAUUUCCACCUCCGCGGCCCAAGAGGGGGGGCACACAGUACAGUUAACCUCCCAGGCCCCAGGAACCCAGGUCCUCCCUCACACCUCUCCCCUCCUUCAGCAGCGGCGUGACACCUGAGGCCCGGCACUUCACUUGAAAAGGUGAGCCUCCUCUUGUGUCUUAAUCCCUAAACCCCUAAACCUUAUGCCUGGAGAUUCUCUCUUUCAGGGUGGAAGGUGAAACAGCAACAGAGUCGUACCAAACUAGGUGAGACACAGGUACAAUUGAAUGAUGGGUAAAUUACAUCUAGCUGCUUCAGUUUCAGGGUCCUGCUAUUGUACAAGCUGGCUCACUCGCAGAGCCAUUGUUUUGCUGCGUUACAGGGUUUCUACUUAUUAUUAAGAUUCCCAAGGUAUGCCUCUAUUUGAAUAGUAAAAGUAAUGAAAAAAAUAUUGCAUAGGCUAUAAGAUAAAUGGAUCUCAAACUUGAAGGUGCACAUGAACAGGCUUCAGGCAUAUUUGUGUAAAUGAGAAUCAUGAAAUGUAGGUCCACGUCAGAAAAAGUUCUGUGCAUCUUACUGAGCAAGGUUUUUCAAACUUGCAAUAACCAAACAAAGCAGAAUGGAAAUCUGGUUUAAAUAUGGUAAUUUCUCUCAACAAAGUUUUAAAUAUCUACAUAACCAUAGUUGGUACAUGGUACAGUAUUGAUGGCCAUUUUGGAAGAACAUUUUUAAAUAAAUAUAUGAGCCAACGCUUGUAUUCAGACAGGAUUCCUGCAGCCAUACCCCCCCACCCCCCAAUUAGGUCUAUGCAAAAAGGAGCAGGGGUGGAAAAUGACUAAUCAUGUGAUGUGUUGUAUAGCUGGAAAUGCUGACAUGCUGUCUCUCUGCAGCAAAAAAAAAGCUUCUUAUCACUACUUCCUUUGCAAACAUGAACUACCAUAUGAUUAAUGUCUGAGUGUCAUCUCUGUACGACAGCUUCUUUUAAUGCAGGAAUACAGAGGGAGAGGGGCCCCAACAGUCUUUAAAUAGAACCAUGGAGAUAACAAAGUGUUUAUGGUGAUAAAUACAGGGACUUUCGGGAAACAUUCAGGAAAUCUCCUUAAAAUGACAGGAAGGAUGAGCCAUCAGUUGCUCAGAAUAAGUGAGCUGUGUUGCUGUUACUGUUAAACAGAAACUAAAAGUUUAAUCCAGUUGAUUUUAUGUUUUGCCUUAUAAAUUCUUGUAUACGAAUUAUUCAAUAAAUGCAAAAAAA